AUGGAUUACAUCAAAGAUAUCAUGGCUAGAUUAAAACCAGAUUUUAUCUGUUUGGUGGAAACGAAGUCUAACUCCAUCCGCAUUCAACGUUUCUGUGCCAGGUUCAGCAGACACUGGGUUUGGGCUGCUGUUCCGUCCAAUGGUUACUCUGGAGGUAUCAUUGUCCUUUGGAAACGCUUCAACGGUAUAGUCACCCCUGUCGCGUCUUCCAGGAUGGCGUUACAUCUCAUUAUUACCACUUCCGAGGAUUCUUGGAUUCUUUCGACUAUUUACAACUCCCAAGUCUUAUCAGAGCACAAGAACCUCUGGAAGUCACUCUCUGGACUUUCUCAGUUGGAUUCUCCUUGGCUUCUCACUGGUGACUUCAAUGCCAUCACGUCCGAGGAGGAACAUAAAGGGGGUUCUUUUAGAAACUACUCUUCAAAAUCCAAAGCUUUCACCACUUUCAUCCAAUCUAAUAAUCUCCUUGAUCUUGGUUUUACAGGUUCCUGUUUCACUUGGUGCAAUGGACAUGAUGGUCUAACCAGACGUUGGGCCAGACUGGAUCGAUUUUUAUCAAACUCAAACUGGUUUAUUAAAUUUAAUUACAUUUCCAACCAGCACCUUGCCCGCAUUAACUCUGAUCACUCUCCUAUGUUUCUUAUUGCCCAUGACUCCCCUUCUCCUUCUAGCAGAAUCUUUCGCUUUGAGAAUAUCUGGUUGGAUUAUGAAGGAUGUCAUAGUAGUGUUGUUAAUGCCUGGAAUGCUACCCCUUCUACUUCUCCGAUGCAUUCUUUCACGCAUUUUAUUUCCCAAACUAAAUUAAAUCUUUGCAGAUGGAAACGUUCCAGUAUUUGCCAUAUUGAUGAGGAAUUGAAGAACAUUGAGCAAGAAAUUAAUGCUAUAGAUCAACACCACUUUUCUUCCGAUACCUGGGGUUCGACAUGGCUCAGAGCUCUCAGGAACCGUCAUGCGGCCCUUCUCAAACAGAAAACGAUAUACUGGGGUCAAAGAGCUCGCUCCCAAUGGAUAACUAAAGGUGACCAAAACUCUAGUUUCUUUCACAGUUCAGUCAAGAUUCGCAGACAUAGGAAUAGAGUUAGAGCUAUCAAAGACACAUCAGGUACUAUCUUUACUGAGCAUAUUGACUUAGAAAACUGUUUUGUUCAUCAUCAUAAAAAUCAUUGGACGUCUUCCUCGAUUUUUACCAUUGAUUCUCUGCUUAAUGCCAUGCCGGAUGAUUUCCCUGUGUUGAGUGAUGAGGGACAGAGCUUCUUUUGA